CGUCGCUUUCGUUGACAAAUUUUUUGAGGAGCACGCGGUGUGGAUUUUUGGUGAUAAAUAAUCGAUCGAAAUUUUAUGAGCACAGCUUAAAAAUAGUAAUCAGCUGCAUUACAACAUGCCAAAGAAGUCAACGGCGAAAGGACCAUUUUUCUUCUUCAUGCUCGAAUUUCGCAAACGCGAGGAAGCAAAAGGUAAACACUUCCUAGGUGGCAUGGAUCAACUAAUGCGUGCGGCAGGCCCGCACUGGGAUACGUUAAGCACAGACGAACGUGAAACCUACAAAGAUAGGGCAAAAGCGUACAAACAAUCUCCAAAGUUGAAUUUUGGAGAAAAAUAUACCUCUCAGGGUAUACCGUUUUCACAAAUCGAAAGAGAAAAACAGGCUCGUCUCAAGAAGGAGCAAUCUAUUCGCAGAACUGUAUCAGAACUGAUACAAACCGCCGCUGGUAACAAUGCCUUGGAUAAGAUGGAGGUCUUCUUAAUUUCUUUUAACUACUUUUGCAAAACUACUGCGGAGAUAUAUAUUCCAGCUGAAAUGGCUAUUAUUCGUUAUAGCUUGGAACAAGGUGUAAUCGACAAAUUACACAUGUUUAUCAACCCUGGUAAUAUUCCUCUGGGUUUGGCAUAUGAGGCAAAUAUACUGAGUGAAGAAACACACCGUUUACCCACUCCCCCGGAUGCCAUGGGGGAAACUAAUUUCGAGGAAAUAUUUGAGAAAAUAUUGGACUUCACACAGUACAAGGACAAAAAGCAUCGCCUUUUUUUCGCGGAAGAAAAACAGGCUGCUGUUGUGGAGAACAUUCUGGAACAGCUUGCCAAUGAAUCCAAAUUUCCUGGCAAAUUCGUUGUAUGCCCGUUAGGUGAUUUUUUCUUUCAGCUUAAGCGUGCUUCUGAACGCGAAGGAUUAGACAUUUGCCUCUUUCCUGCUAAAACUGUGGCCGAUAUUUUGCUAAAAAAGGACAACUACGAAUAUACUGGUGGGAUCGCCUGUGAAUUUCAUGAAAAAUUAGAAGUUUCCAGAUUUUGCUGCUUGUCAAAAAUAAUUCGACUUUCGUACAUAAUCUCGGAUAGUUGUUGCCUAGAUCUGAACAUUGAGAUGGUUGCAGGACGCCAUCUUCCGAUGAAUGCCGAUACAACUCUUUGCUCAGACUUUUCCGAAACUGAGUCAAGAUUUCACGAAUCGGAUCGCUUGUCUUUUGUUUCAUCUUCGGAUUUGACUCACGUCUCACUGCCGAAAAUGCAAAAACUCCGUAGCAAAAGUCCCUUCCGUGGAGCUGAAAAUGAAUCCUGUCCGAUUAUAUACAGCUCACGAGCAGUGGCUUCAGUUGCAGAUGCUGCAGACAAGUGCAAUGUGUCAACAAAUCCUUUCCAUGAUCUCAAAUCGGAGCCACCAACCUUAGUUAGCCACGAGCGAAAGUCGGCUACCCCGAAGGCUGUCACUAAUCCAUUUAGUCGACAAGUGAAAUUGGAAACUGUGCGUCAGCCACGGGGAAUUGGUGUCGUUGGACACGGUCGUGGUUCAUUGCUGAGUGCAGCGGGAUCCAGUACAACCGCACCCGGCUUUGAAUCCCCAUUAGGACUUGCACUCUUCAGAGGAAUUGGCCGUGGGCUUGGUAUUUCCAGUAAUGUCUCUACAAUUUCUUCGAAACAAAUUUCUGACAAUGAAGACGACUGAUGAUUGGCUGGAUAUUACUCCGAUGUUUUUCAUUGUUCUUGUUUAUUAUUUGCAUUUUGUUCGGUUUGUUCUACUAAAGUGUGUUCCGUAAUAGUAAAUAUUACAACAUGAUACAAAACUUACUAAAUUGAACUGUGACUGAUGAAAUAUAAACAUUGUAAGUUUA